CACGCAGACGGCCAGGGUUAACACUCGCUCCAGUCUCUGGUCAGCACACAGGGCAGCUUCUCUGCUUUUCUUCCCUGGACGUUCCUAAGUGUCUCCGGCGGUGUCUUGAUCUCCCACGGCAGCAUGGCCGACCCCAGCGAGCGGGACUAUGUGGACGGCGACGGCGACGACAUCGACGAGGACGAGCUUCUGGCCGGGCUGUCGGCCGAGGAGCUCAAGGAGCUGCAGAGUGAGAUGGACGUCAUCGCGCCCGACGAGAGGGUCCCCGUCGGCAUGAGGCAGAAGAACUCGGCUGUUCAGCGGACAGUCAAGGAGGACAGUGAUCAGGACUCUGAGUGUGGGGACGUUGACGAGGACGAGAUCUUGGCCGGCCUCUCUGCCGAGGAGCUCAAGCAGCUCCAGAGCGAGAUGGACGUGAUCGCUCCGGACGAGAGGGUGCCGGUGGGCCAGAGGCAGAGGGACCAGACCGAGAAGACCCCCACCGGCACCUUCGACCGCCGCUCACUCGUCGACUACAUGUACUGGGAGAAGGAGUCCAAACGGAUGCUGGAGGAGGAGAGAACCCCGGUCACACUACUGCCCAGCGAGAAAAAGAUGAGGGAGGCAGCUGAGCAGAAGGAGAAGGAGCAGGUGGUGGAGGAGGUGGUGGAGGAGGUGGAGGAGGAGGUGCCAGAGGGGGUUGACGAGGUGGAGUACGUCAUCGAGGAGGUGGUGGAGGAGGUGGAGGCAGUGGACGGGCAGGUGGGGGAGGAGGUGAUCGAGGAGGUCAUCGAGGAGAUCAUAGAGGAAGUGGUCGAGGUCGAGGAGGAGGCGCAGGAAGAAAACAAACAAGCCAUCGCCGUCCAGGAGUGUGCUGAUACGCAGGACAGGAAGGAAACGGCCGUCAUAGAUCAGAAGACCAGUCCACCCCUGGAGGCGGGACAGAAGACCAGUCCACCCCUGGAGGCGGGACAGAAGACCAGUCCACCCCUGGAGGCAGGGGAGGAGGUAGAGCCACAGGGCAGGUUUGAGAACUGGGUCCCAGAGAAGGAGGAGCGGGUCAUCUCCAAGCUGAAGAUUCCCAAGCUGGCGCUCGGCGGGAACGCCUUGAAGACGACCGCGCGGCCGUCGGGGAACGAGACCAACCUGGACACCACGCUGCACAAGAUCCGCAACAACAACCCCGCCAUCACCGAGGUCAACCUGAACAACAUCGAGAACAUUCCCAAGGACAUGCUGCUGGACUACGUCAACGCCCUGAAGAAGAACAAGCACGUGAAGACCUUCGCCAUCGCCAACACCGGCGCCGACGAGAACACGGCCUUCUGCCUGGCCAACAUGCUGCGCGAGAACAAGAGCGUCGCCACGCUCAACAUCGAGUCCAACUUCAUCACGGGCAAGGGCAUCAUCGCCAUCGUCCGCUGCCUGCAGUUCAACGAGACGCUCACCGAGCUGCGCUUCCACAACCAGCGCCACAUGCUGGGCCACCACGCCGAGAUGGAGGUGUCGCGGCUGCUGAAGGCCAACCACACGCUGCUGAAGAUGGGGUAUCACUUCGAGCUGCCCGGCCCGCGCAUGGUGGUCACCAACCUGCUGACGCGCAACCUGGACCGCCAGCGGCAGCUGCGGCACGAGGAGCAGAAGCAGAAGGACGUGCGGACGCAGCGCGAGCUGCUGGACAUGUACCAGGCCACCCUCCACCUGCCGCCCGGCCUCAUGGAGAUGCUGAGCACCAUGCUGCCCCCCGCAGAGCUGCUCGCUCAGCUGCAGCACCACCACCAGCUGCUGCAGCAGCACACACAGCAGCAGACACCGCAGCAGCAGCAGCAGGAGGCCCCGGAGCCCAGGACACCGUCCCCCGAGCCCGGCCCGGAGCCGCCCCAGCUCCGCAAGACCCCGAGCCUGCAGCACGCCGGGCCCAAGCCACCCGGCGCCGCCCCGGGGAGCCACCUCAGGGACGUGCAGCUGAAGAAGACGCCCAGGAAGAGAGACCCGUUCCUGGACGGCGCAGAGGAGGAGCGGAGGAGGCCCGGGGCCGGCGUGCAGCUGCGCAGGAUGACGACCUCACGGCCGCCGGACGACGUGUGGAGCGUGCGUGAGAGCGCGCUGAUGGCGGACGAGCGCGCCAACCUGAAGGACGCGCUGAAGACGCUCAAACCCGUGCCACGCCGACGCGUGCCACCCAAGGUGGAGAUGACGCCGCGAGACAACCUCCUCAGCGAGAUCCGCCAGAGCAACGUGGCAUACCUUAAAGCGGUCCCCCUCCCUAAAGAGCUGGAGUCGAGAGAAACCAGUCUUUUCUAAAGGACCUUCUCACAAAUGGAGCUGUACAGUCCAUCCUCACUCUGUCUGAGAUGAUCAUCACAGUCCAUCAUAACUAUGUCCAAGGCCAUCAUCAAACUCACCUGAUUACGGAACGUAUGCCCACACAUGUAGAAUAUGGAUGCUCAUAUUGGAGUUUUUUAUGUUGUGAAGACACAACAUAAACCCUUAACCCUAACCCUAUGUUUUACUUGCUAUUUUUGUUUUUAUAAUGCAUUUAAUAUCCUGUCGUAAUAAAGUGAACUCAAUGUA